GUGAUGUUGAAAGUCAAUACUCGUCUCUUUGGUCAGAAAAUCGACGACUUUCUCACAUAGGUGAAAUAAUAAACACACAUUUUGUAUUAAAAAUGGCAAAUGUAGAGGAAUUGAGGAAGAAAAUCAGUGAAUUGGAGGCCAAAUUAGCGGCUGCUCAAGGAAAUGCGGGUCCAGUCCGGCAGAAAAUCGAUGUAAUGUCAUCAGAAGUUGUCGACUCAAAUCCUUACAGUCGUCUGAUGGCACUCAAACGUAUGGGGAUAGUCGAUAACUACGAGAAGAUCAGAGACUUCUCAGUCGCUGUGGUGGGGGUGGGGGGAGUGGGCAGCGUCACAGCUGAGAUGUUGACUAGAUGCGGUAUUGGCAGGCUUUUACUAUUUGACUACGACAAAGUAGAGUUAGCAAACAUGAACAGACUGUUCUUUCAACCGCACCAAGCUGGACUCAGUAAAGUGGAUGCGGCUGUUGCUACUCUUCAAUCUAUAAAUCCAGAUGUCACAAUCGAGGCUUACAACUAUAACAUAACUACAAUUGAAAACUUCAGGAAAUUCCUUAAGACUCUAAGCACAGGAAGUCAUUUCGGUGGCCGGGUAAACCUAGUACUAAGCUGCGUUGACAAUUUCGAAGCGCGUAUGGCAAUCAAUACUGCAUGCAAUGAAUUAGACAUACGCUGGUUUGAGUCCGGAGUCAGUGAGAACGCUGUGUCAGGACAUGUACAGUUUAUAAUACCUGGGGAGACUGCUUGCUUUGCGUGUGCUCCCCCGCUGGUUGUGGCUUCAAAAAUUGACGAAAAAACUCUGAAGAAGGAAGGUGUGUGUGCAGCCAGUCUGCCUACCACUAUGGGAAUUAUUGCUGGAUUUUUAGUUCAAAACGCAUUGAAAUAUUUACUUAAAUUUGGAAAUGUUAGCCACUAUUUAGGCUACAAUGCACUGAAUGAUUUCUUCCCUACUAUGAGUUUAAAGCCGAACCCACAAUGCGAGGAAUUAUUCUGUCGUAAACGCCAAGUACAAUUCAAUUCUAGACCAGCCGUAGAACUGGCUACUGAAGUCACAGAGGACGACAGUCCUAUCCAUGAAGAUAAUGAAUGGGGUAUAAUUUUGGUUGAUGAGAACUCUCCAGACGAGGAGAUGCCUAAUCUAAAUCUAGCAGAAGGUGUCCAGAUGGCUUACAGCAUACCAGUUGAUAACAACACUCCGGAGACCAGCUCCGGAGGAGCCGUGGCUGCCUCCGAGCUGUCCCUCGAGGAGCUGAUGCAGCAGAUGAAGUCCAUGUGAAUGUGAAUGUGUCGUAAUAGUGUUGUGGCUUGUGUGUUGCAUAGAAUAAUCAUAUCGACAUAUAUGUAUGUUAUUACUGUAUAAUUGUAGUUAUUAUUUGAGACAUAUCUAGUGAGAUUUUAAACUGUCAAUUUCAUUUGUCAUAAUUUUUAAAUUGAUUAUGUAAAACAUGGUCUUAUUUAGAGCCACCAUUUUGGAAACUUGUUUUAUUUAUCGUAGGUACUUUUAAAUGAAAAACUAUAUUAAGUACUUGACGUUUCGCAAUUUGCGUCAUUGAAGUUGCUAAAAUUUGUAACAUCGAAUGCUUGUAUGCAAAGCAACGCAAUAAAGAUUUAAUUAUUUUGUCACCGUUUACAAUCUCAUUAGAUUGGUGUAUUUAUUAAAAAAUAGAAUAUCAUAAUAAAAAUAAAUUGUUUUUCAACAAUUGA